UGUGUGCUACAAAAUUACAUGCAAGUAAAUUCAGGAAUACUAGCCGUUACAACAUUGGGGCGGAAGCGAAGUAGAGAGAGAGAGCUUCCACCGAAUCUCUGUGACAUAACUCCUGACACUUCCUCAUCUCUUCCCAGAAUAACCCAUUUUAGAUUCCUUUUAUACAACAAUAACAAUAACACACACUCUCUCUCUCUCUCUCUCUCUCACGUGUGUGUCGUCACUCACAAAUUCACAAUAACACUCUCUCUCUCUCUUCCCACACUACAAAAACUUGUCACACACUGUUCCACUCUCCUGGUUUUCAUGGUUUCCUUCUAGGACCGCAACAACAGUCUCCUUCUCUCUCUCUCACCUCACCCUUGAUGGAGCCAUUACCAUUUGAAGAAAACAAAAGAAAGAAAGAGAAAUGGAAACAACUAUUGUUGUUGAUUUCCCUCAUGUUAUCCUGCGCAGAGGCAGUCUCAAGCGACUCCUCCUGGGACGGCGUGAUCGUGACGCAAGAAGACUUCCAAGCCCUCCAAGCAUUCAAACACGACCUCGUCGAUCCCAACGGCUUCUUAAAAAGCUGGAACGACACCGGCUACGGCGCCUGCUCCGGCGGCUGGGCCGGCAUCAAAUGCGCUCAGGGCCAGGUCAUCGUCAUCCAGCUCCCCUGGCGCGGCCUCGGCGGCAGAAUCACCGAAAGAAUCGGCCAAUUCCAAGCCCUCAGAAAGCUCAGCCUCCACGACAACCUCAUCGCCGGCCAGAUUCCCACGUCGCUGCACUUCCUGCCCAAUCUCAGAGGCCUUCAGCUCUUUAACAACAGGCUCUCUGGCUCAAUCCCUGCUUCUCUCGGUCUCUGCCCUCUUCUCCAAACAAUUGAUUUAGCUAACAAUUCAUUGUCGGGGCCUCUGCCGCCUACUCUGGUUAACUCAACCAAGCUUUUUAGGCUCAACGUUAGCUACAAUCUCUUGUCUGGUUCAAUCCCACUUACUUUUACUCACACUUCCUCUCUCAUGUUUCUCGCUCUUGGAAACAACAAUCUCUCUGGCCCCAUUCCCGAUUCUUGGAGCCAUGCGUAUCAGCUUCAAUCUUUGACGCUUGAUCACAAUUUGCUCACUGGGAGCUUGCCUAACACUCUGUUUGGCUUGAAAAACUUAUCAGUUCUUACCUUGAGUUACAAUCGGUUGAACGGAGAAAUCCCUAAUGCAAUUGGGAAUGUAUCUUCUUUGAGGGAGCUCGGUCUCUCUCACAACGCCUUCAAAGGAGAAAUCCCCAAUUCGUUAGGUCUAUUAUUAAAUCUCGAUUCGUUCAAUGUCUCGUACAACAAUCUAUCCGGCGCAGUUCCCCCAAAUCUCGCGCACAAGUUCGAGUCCAGCGCGUUUGUGGGCAAUCUUGAGCUCUGUGGAUACGAUGCUUCGACGCCGUGUGCUCCGUCCCCCUCCGAAGCUCCCCCGGCGGCGGCUCCGUCGAAACGACGUCGUAAACUGAGUACUAAAGAUAUUAUUCUGAUCGUGGCAGGGGCGUUGCUCAUAAUCCUGCUAAUUACUUGCUGCGUUUUGCUCUGCUGCUUGAUAAGGAAAAGGAAAAUGGCUAAGGAGGGCGAAAGGGCGGGUGCUACAGGCGCCAGCGCGGCGGAGAAGGGCGUCCCGCCGAGUGCCGGCGAGGUGGAAGCGAGCGGCGGAGAGACGGGAGGGAAGCUUGUCCACUUUGAUGGGCCGAUGGUGUUCAGCGCGGAUGAUCUGUUGUGUGCGACUGCAGAGAUCAUGGGCAAGAGCACCUAUGGAACAGUGUACAAAGCCACCAUGGAAGAUGGGAUUCAAGUCGCUGUCAAGAGAUUGAGAGAGAAGAUCACAAAGGGACAAAGAGAGUUCGAGAUUGAGGUGAACGCGCUAGGGAAGAUUAGGCAUCCCAAUCUCUUAGCUCUCAGAGCUUACUAUCUAGGCCCAAAGGGCGAGAAAUUGCUCGUCUUCGACUACAUGCCUAAAGGGAGCCUUGCUACUUUCCUUCACGCACGAGGCCCGGAUACACCGAUCGAUUGGGCGACGAGGAUGAAGAUCGCCAAGGGCAUGACAAGGGGGCUGCUCUACCUGCACAGCAACGUGAGCAUCAACCACGGCAACCUCACAUCAAGCAACGUCCUCCUCGACGAGCAUGCCAACGCCAAGAUCGCCGACUACGGCCUCUCCCGGCUGAUGACAGCAGCAGCGAACGCAAACGUGAUCGCGACAGCGGGGGCGCUCGGGUACAGAGCGCCCGAGCUGUCGAAGCUGAAGAAGGCCACCAGCAAGACGGAUGUGUACAGCCUUGGCGUGAUCGUGUUGGAGCUGCUGACGGGGAAGUCCCCCGGGGCCGGGGAGGCCAUGAACGGCGUGGAUUUGCCGCAGUGGGUGGCCUCCAUCGUCAAAGAGGAGUGGACCAACGAGGUUUUCGACUUGGAGCUCAUGAGGGAUGCCUCCGUGAUUGGCGAUGAGCUGCUCAACACGCUCAAGCUCGCCUUGCAUUGCGUCGAUCCCACGCCGUCGGCUCGCCCCGAGGCUCACCAGAUUCUGCAGCAGCUCGACGAGAUUAGACCGGAUACGGAGACGCCCAGCUCCGGGGAUGAUGCUGGCGCAAUGCCAUCACCUGGUGAUUAGGACUCUCUCUCUCUCUCUCCUAUAACAAAGUUUUAUUAAGUUAGCUAGCUGGUAGAAACUUCUUGUUCCACUAUUCUUUCAUUCUUCUAAUUUUUGUUUUUCUUUUUUUUUGCUGUUGCUGUAAAUUUUGAUGGACUUGGAAUGAUUUGGAAGGAAAGGGCAUGACUGGAUGUGAAUCCUUCUUAAUUCCAUCCUCUAUCAUGUAGUAGGAGAUUUUAUAUUAGAUUGCAGAUUGUGUUGCGCGA